AUGAGGAAGUUCAUCAAGCAAAUAAAGGGAAGGCGCCCUCAACGCGGAGAUGCACGCAGACAAACGGGUGCUCCAGAUGCAGACAAAGCAUCGAGUGUUGUACAGGAGCGCUUACCGCCGGAACUGCAAGCUCUGGCGGACGAAUCUCGCCGCUAUGGGCUCAAAAUACUCCCUUCACUACCAGAAAUCCCUAUAUCUGACCACUCUUAUGAACUAAGCGUUGUUGCCGUGCACGGUCUCGGAGGUGAUUUCUACAGGACAUGGGCGAGCCGGGAUUCUCAGAAACCGACAUUAUGGCUUUCACAACUUCUUCCGAAAGAAUUGCCUGGCGCACGGAUUUAUUCCUUUGGAUAUGAAUCUGCACCAACAUUCAGCCGCUCCGUAACAGGAAUUAGCGACGCCGCGAACGACCUACUCCAUGGCUUAAAGUCUUUGACCGAGCAAUGGCCAGCCAAACCAAUCAUUUUCAUCUGUCACAGCCUUGGAGGAAUAAUAGUGAAACAGGCAAUGAUCAUGGCCCACGAGUUUGACUACUUUGCCGAUGUUUUGCGCGCUACCCGAUUGAUCGUGUUUAUGGGUACGCCACAUAGAGGGAGUCAGAUUGCGGCAGCGCUGGCACCCCUCGCGACAUUCGCUAACUUCUGGUUGGAUAUCUCCUUCACCUCGACUUUUGCUGGUUCGAUGAGGACCGAUCUGAUCAGCAUGUUAUCGCAAGAUUCUGCAAAACUCGAUGAGAUCAACCAAUCAUUCAAACGACGUGCCAAUGCGAUGACGAUUAUUUCGUGCUACGAAAGAGUGAAGCCUUCUGGUUGUUCUUCACUGGUCGUUGAAAAACAAUCCGCCGUUCUUGGACUACCGGAAGAGAUCGAAAUAUCUAUUCAAGCCGAUCACAUGGCCAUGUGUCGCUUUUCGUCAAGGAGUGAUCCUGGUUACGAACCACUGACGCGGGCCAUAGUUCACGCUGUAAAGCAGAUGAUACCAGACACCUCGCAUCGCUCAUUCACAGAAUCGGAAAGCAGAUACAUCGCGACGUUCGGUCGACGACCUGAUAUUUCUAUCGACGAACCCUUGCAAGGUACUUGCGUCUGGUCGAUCUCCACGCGAGAAUAUCGCGAUUGGCGGGCCGAACGUAGGCCGGCUGUACUGUGGUUGACGGGCGAUGCGGGUUGUGGGAAAACUGUACUUACCAACUUUCUUGUUCGAGAGCUGAGAGACGGCGUGGCAACGAGCUCGACAAAAGACGAGCUAGUUUGUUGCUUCUUCUGUGCGAGGGACAUUGAGUCACAAAAAGACGCACGGUCUCUUCUGAGAUCGCUGAUAUUGCAAAUUUUUUCGGUCAAGAAAGACGUUGUCCGCCAGAUUAAGGCUGCAUACAGCUCGAUAAGGCAUGAAUAUGAGCCGUCCUUCGAGACUCUCUGGCACAUAUUCGAAAUGGCGGUGGGAAUCACUUCAUGCAGUUGUCUUUACAUUGUAAUUGAUGCCUUGGAUGAAUGUGAGGAGAAGUCGCGAUCAUUGUUUCUAGCCAAGUUUCUCCACAUGGUACAGCCACGGAGUCUGGAUGGCGAGACAUGGCGAAAGAGAAUCAAACUCAUCAUAAGCGGACAGCCCCUCAUCAGCCGAGCUUGGAAAAUUGGGGAUGAAAGCCUCUCCCAAUUCUACAUUGAUAUGGAGGAGCGUCCAGAAGGUUUGGUGGGGGACCUCCAACGCUUCGUCGACUACAAAGUGGAAGAUCUUGUUUACAAUGCCAUUUGUUCCGAAGCACUCGGCGAGCAGUUGAAGCGGAAGCUUUACACUCUAGCCGAGAACUCCUUUCUAUGGCUGAGCGUCGUGCUCGAGGACCUCAAGCAGGGGCUAAACUAUCGCGAUGCCGAUGUACAAAGGGUAUUGACAACCAUUCCUAGCAACCUGAAGGAUUCCUAUACGAAGCAUCUUCCCCCAGUAUCGGAAAGUCAAUUGCCGCGAUUGAGGUGCUACUUGCAACUGCUAGUAGCAUGUGCAAGACCAUUUACACUAUCUGAAGUCGACGUAUUUACAACACUCUAUGAUCGGCAGUCGACAGAGUGCAUCUCUCCUGUCGAUGGGGCGUUGGUGCUGAAUAGCCUUCGUCGCGCUCUCGGGCCGCUGGUAAAGUUUCCCGAUGGAAAGGUUCAAUUCAUUCACUCUACGGUAAAGGGAUAUUUCUUAGCCCUCCAAUCAGAACCCGACCAUCUACUUCACAAGACCCAUGGUGUGGAUCUCGACACGGCGCACUUGCUUCUCGCAAAGGCUUGCAUUCAAAACCUUUUGCAAGAAGCGAAUAGCCCCGAUCCCCACGAUGAAGAGAGACUUUCCUUCGAGAUGCCCUCUUCCAGUCCGAUCUCUGCCCGUUCUUCGAAAGGCGAAGCCGACCAGGACGUACCUUAUACUGAAUUAUUCAACAUUGAGGAUGUCGCCUUUUUGCGAGAUGAAAACACCCUUUCAGAGGACGUCUUAUCACAUCUUAGCAGUCGCUACCCGGGUUACGAUUAUGCUACACGGUACUGGGACCGUCACUACACCCAGGCUGAACACAUUGCUGAUGCUUCUGUACAACAAGAUGCGAUCAAGCUGCUGUCCUGCGAGUCACCGCGACUCUCUCGGUGGUACAAAUACAAAGCCAAUCAUUCGCCUACCGCGAUGCCUGAUCAGGCUGAAGUUAACGCUCUGGUCCUAGCGGCAUUGUUCGAUUACCCGACAAUCUUACAGAGGCUCUUAUCGCACCGUGGACUUGCCAAUGAAAGCACUAAGCUUCAAUCUGCACUAUAUUGGGCGUCAUCCCGUGGUCAUAUCAAAUCCAUCAACGUCUUACUCGAGCACAAAUCACCUCUACUCGAUGCAGGCCGUAAUAGGUCAGCGUUGGCUGUUGCUAUUCAAGGCGGAUUUACUGAAGCUUGCGAGGUGUUACUUGGCGCGGAUGAUGCUGAUCCAAACUAUUCCGGUCUUAGAACUCCGCCACCUCUUGUCCUCGCCGCAGCUCACAACCAUGUGGAAAUAUUGGUCGGGCUACUUCAGCAUGGAUCCAUUGACGUGCAUCAGACCGAUGCAUCAGGGCAUACCGCCCUAAUACAAGCGUGCCGUUCCGGCUCCGACCAAUGUUUGAAAGAGCUUUUGAGAGACGACCGUACCAACAUCAACUCAUGUGAUAGUGACGGCCGUAACGCCCUGAUCCAUGCUUGCAUGUCAAGCCAUGCAUUAGCAGUGGAACAGUUAGUUAGGAAACCGUUACUGGAUGUGCAUUUGUGCGACAAGGAUGGCCGAAAUGCUAUGUCCUACGCUGCUGAAAAAGCCACGCUACCUAUUGUUAGGCGCUUGUUCCACGUGCAAGUGUCUAUAGCAAAAGAGGAUGCCAACGGCCGAAACGCUAUCUCAUGGGCAGCGAACAGCUCCGGAGCGACGAAGGACCCUGAUCAUUAUGGACAAUGUGUACUUAAAUACCUUAUCGAGAAAUGCCCUGAAGGCGUUGACUCCCAGGACAAAGAUGGUUGGUCGCCUCUAGCCUGGGCCCUGGACCGACCAGGAUAUCCCGAAGCUGUCCGACUCCUUAUUGCAACGGGCAAAGCAGACGUUAACCAAAGAAAUCAAACCGGCGGUCGUUCCGUGUUAGCUUGGGCAGCAAGCGAGGGUUUUACGCAGAUUGUCGAGUAUCUGUUGGGUCUGCCGCAAUUGGACAAAAACGCGACAGGCGAUGAUGGUCGAUCACCAUUGUCGUAUGCCGCAGCAAAUGGUAUGGUACGUACCCUAGAAUUGCUUUUGGGAGACAGCGAGGUUAGAGCGGAUUUGCGGGACUCGAAAGGAAGGACCCCCAUAGAUUGGGCACGGAUGAAUCAUCACGAUGCAAUCGUUUCCCUGCUAUCUAAACACGGUUUGGAAUAG